GACGGGGAGCUGGAGGAGGGUCCUGCCAGCCUGGAGCGUGUUCCUCAGCAAGGUAGAGCAAGCAGUUCAAGCCACAUGAAGGAAGACUCACAGAUGAGAAAUAGUAGGGAAGACAGGUGGAGAAGAGAGAAAAUCGGCACCGACGAGCAGAACAUCAAAAUCCCAGCAAAGCUGCAUAGAAAAUCUAAUGGAUGAAGAUGAGAAGGACAGAGCAAAGAGAGCCUCUCGAAACAAGUCUGAGAAGAAGCGUCGGGACCAGUUCAAUGUUCUCAUCAAAGAGCUUAGCUCCAUGCUCCCAGGCAACACACGAAAAAUGGACAAAACUACCGUGCUGGAAAAGGUCAUCGGAUUCCUGCAGAAACAUAAUGAAGUCUCGGCACAGACGGAAAUCUGCGACAUCCAGCAGGACUGGAAGCCCUCAUUCCUCAGUAACGAAGAGUUCACCCAGCUGAUGCUGGAGGCGUUGGACGGCUUCAUUAUCGCAGUGACGACCGACGGCAGCAUCAUCUACGUUUCUGACAGUAUCACGCCUCUGCUUGGGCAUUUACCGUCGGAUGUCAUGGAUCAGAACUUGUUAAAUUUCCUUCCAGAACAAGAACAUUCCGAAGUUUAUAAACUACUUUCCUCCCAUAUGCUUGUGACGGAUUCCCCCACCCCGGAAUUCCUAAAAUCUGACAACGAUUUAGAGUUUUAUUGCCAUCUUCUCAGAGGCAGCUUGAACCCAAAGGAAUUUCCAACUUAUGAAUACAUAAAAUUUGUAGGAAAUUUUCGCUCUUACAACAAUGUGCCUAGCCCCUCCUGUAACGGCUUUGACAACACCCUUUCAAGACCCUGCCGCGUGCCCCUGGGAAAGGAGGUCUGCUUCAUCGCCACCGUGCGCCUGGCGACUCCACAGUUUCUAAAGGAAAUGUGUGUAGCUGACGAACCUUUAGAGGAAUUCACUUCGAGGCAUAGCUUGGAAUGGAAAUUUUUAUUUCUGGAUCACAGAGCCCCUCCGAUCAUAGGAUACCUGCCCUUCGAAGUUCUCGGCACCUCAGGCUAUGACUACUACCACAUCGAUGACCUGGAACUCCUGGCCAGGUGCCACCAGCACCUGAUGCAGUUCGGCAAAGGGAAGUCGUGCUGUUACCGGUUCCUCACCAAGGGGCAGCAGUGGAUUUGGCUGCAGACCCAUUACUAUAUCACCUACCACCAAUGGAACUCCAAGCCCGAGUUCAUCGUGUGCACACACUCGGUGGUCAGUUAUGCAGACGUCCGGGUGGAAAGGAGACAGGAGCUGGCUCUGGAAGACCCAGCCACAGAGGCCGUGCACCCCUCUUCCCUGAAGGAAAAGGACGCCAGCCUGGAACCCCAGCAGCACUUUACCGCCCUCGACAUGGGCGCCUCAGGUCUUGCCAGCAGCCCUUCGCCCUCGGCCUCCUCCCGGAGCUCCCACAGGUCAUCGCGCACAGCCGUGUCAGAGCCCGCCUCCACUCCAACCAAGCUGAUGGCCGAGAACAGCACCGCAGCUCUGCCGAGAUCCACGCUAACCCAGGGGCUACCAGCGCAGGGGCUCGGCCAGGCAGCCACUCUGCCGGCUCCUCUGCCUUCCCCAUCGGCCUGUGACCUCGCAAAGCAGCUCCUGCCUCAGACCAUUCUGCAGAGCCCGCCUGCUCCCAUGACACAGUUUUCAGCACAGUUCAGCAUGUUCCAGACCAUUAAAGACCAGCUGGAGCAGAGGACGCGGGUCCUUCAGGCCAAUAUCCGGUGGCAGCAGGAGGAGCUCCACAAGAUCCAGGAACAGCUCUGCCUGGUCCAGGACUCCAGCGUCCAGAUGUUUCUGCAGCAGCCAGCUGUUUCCCUGAGCUUCAGCAGUGCCCAGCGACCAGCCGCCCAGCAGCAGCUGCAGCAAAGGCCCGCUGCAGCGUCUCAGCCCCAGCUCGUGGUGGACACUCCGCUGCCCGGGCAGGUCACGCCAGCCCAGGUCACAAGCCAGCACCUGCUCAGAGAAUCUAAUGUGCUAUCCACCCAGGGUCCAAAGCCCAUGAGAAGCUCCCAGUUGCUGCCGGCCAGCAGUCGCCCGGUAAACAGCCUGCCAUCGGCGUUCAGCAGCUCGGCGGCGGCACUCCCGCCCAGCCUGAACCUCACCACGGUGGCUCCCACCCCCCAGGAUGCCAGCCAGUGCCAGCCCAGCCCUGACUUCGGCCACGAUCGGCAGCUCAGGCUGCUGCUGAGCCAGCCCAUCCAACCCAUGAUGCCAGGCUCCUGUGAUGCCCGGCAGCCCUCUGAGGUCAGCAGGACUGGACGGCAAGUCAAGUACGCACAGAGCCAGGUGAUGUUCGCCGACUCGCACCCUGCCAGCAGCACGGCGUCCACCCCCGUCCUGCUGAUGGGGCAGGCCGUCCUCCAUCCCAGCUUCCCCGCGUCCCAGCCGGCACCGCUGCAGCCAGCGCAGGCGCAGCAGCAGCAGCCACGACCCUACCUGCAGGCUCCCACGUCUCUGCCCAGUGAGCAGCCGGACUCGCUCCUUCUGUCCCCCUUCGCCCAGCAGCCGGGGACCCUGGGCUAUGCGUCCCCGCAGCCCGCGCAGCCCGCACGGCCUUCCCGCAGGCUCGGCCGGCUGUCGGACUCCUCAGGCCUGCAGCCGCCGCCCCGGUAGUGCCCGCGGCCCUGGAGUCCGGACGCCGCCAGCUUUAACGGAGGAAGAGCGGGGUGGCCGCGGGGAUGGCACACCCCGCAGAGCUCCCGACGGUACCGUGUCUGGAGGCGGCACCGGCAGCGCGGGGGCAGCGCGGGGACAGCGCGGGGGCAGCGCGGGGGCAGAGCGGGAGUGCUGGCCGUGCCCCCUCGCCCCUCGGCAUCCGCGACAGCCAGGCUGCCCAGGAGCGCGGCCCGCCGUGGGGUGGGCGCGUUUCCCGGCCUGCUGGCAGCGGUGUGCCCGGCGCUGCCCCCGGCCCGCACGGGCCCCAAGCCCUCGCUGGCCCCCUUCGCCCUCCCGACGCUCUUUCCUCUACAAGCGAGGGCUAAUCAGAGGUCUUCGGAGAGGGAAUAAAGAGAUUAUUUUUCGUUAUUUUUAAACGGUGGUUCCUGUUUUAAUUUGCACAGGGGAGAGAGCUUAGGCACUUUCUGUUUCUGUUUGAAUAACGGGGUCUCGUGGCCUCGCUGGGAGGCCACAGCUAACGGAGGCCCCGGCCAGGCCGAGAGCGAGGCCCGUCCUUAGCGGAGCCGCGGCCCCGCUGCCCCGCUGCCCCGCUGCCCCGCUGCCCCGCAGCCCCGCAGCCCCGCUGCCCCGGCCUCCAGCCCGCGGGCCGGUCGCGUGCCCGCUGGUGCCCCCUCCUGGCGGCUGCUUUCCCCGCCACACACGACACUGGACCCUUCCCGUUACCGUCACCGAGAGUAGCUGCCCGGGGAGACUCCGAGCAAAGCACAAUCUCCCGGCGCUGCCAGGGUUCCCAGGGACCUCGAAGACCGUGCGGGAAGAGGGCCGCGAGCGGGGCGGCCGCGCGGGCUGCAGUCUCCCAGCGCCCCGCCCCGCGCUGCCAUCUUCCCGCACAGCUUCCCUGAGGAUUCCGAAGAUUGGAUUUUCCAUCUCAAAAUGCACUUUGUUUUGUUUUGGGUUUUUUUUUUUUUUUUGUAUGUUUUGUUAUGUUGAGAUGUUUCUAAAGAGAAGAUUUUAUGUAAUUAUGAGAGGAAGCGUAGUGAAUUGUACAGCUGUAAUAAUGACCUAUUUCUAUAAAAAGAAUAAAAUUGUACGGAUUAUGUGUAAAUUAUUUUGUAUCUGAGACACCAGUUCCGUUCCCGAAUAUAAAAGUUAUAAAGGUUUUCUUGUGUUUUUCUGUGAGUGAACAUUUUGUAAUAAAUUAACACGUUUGUACAAUU